AUGUCUACCCCCUUUCACAACAUCCUCCCGCCCACAGAUCCCCAAGCAGCCACUGGCACCUCCAUCCAGGGCGGUCUCUACCUUGGCUCUCUCUCCGCCGUCGUAGACCCAUCCGUCGACGACCUCCGCCACCUCAACAUUACGCACAUCGUCCAAGUGUUCAACGUCCCCUGGCUUGUGCUCACGGAGGAAGAAGGCUUCACGUGCUAUCGCGUCGAUAUCGAGGAUGUGCCCACGCAGAAGUUGGAUACACAGCUUCUGGAACAGGUCUGUGCCAACAUUGAGGAGACGAGGAAAGGUGGGAAGAGCGUUUUGGUACAUUGUCAACAGGCGAGUUUUGGCGUAUCCCGCAGUGCAUCUAUAGUCAUCGCGUAUCUCAUCCGCAACCAUCAUAUGACGUACGACGAGGCCUUCAAGUUCGUCAAGAGUAAGCGGGCAUGUGUGAAGCCGAAUCCAGGCUUUGUCAGGUGUUUGCGGGCCUGGGAGGAGAAGUGGAGGGUGCCAGCUUCGUCACAGAUCGAUGAUGGUGAGCCAGCUGAUCAGGGUACAGGAGGAGGGGGAGGCGGACAACAGGAAGGAGAACACUAG